AAAACGGGUGUUUACAUUUUUAAAAAAUAAAUAUUAAAUAAAAGAAUGGACAAAGAUCAAGUUGAAGUUGUCGAACUUUUAAAAAAAGGUAACGUGUUUUUCACAGGACCAGCUGGAACAGUGAAAAAAAUGGAUUUAGAAAUCUUUCAAGAAUGUAUUCGCAAUGAAGUAAAUGAACAUUAUCAGUUUUUUGUAUAUAAAGAUUGUAUCUUUUGUGGAGAUCAAUAUUUAUUACGUUACAAUGGACGAGAAAAUAUAUUUAUUUCUAAAUAUAGAUACAAUAAUACAACAACUAUUAAAAACUUUGAAGCUUCACCAGAUUUAUUUGUUCCUUUUGAUAACGAUUAUGAAGUUUAUAAAUUAUCAGUUAGCAAGCCUGAACGAAAAAUAUUCGAUCCUUAUUUUGAUAAAUAUAACAUUUUUGAAAGUGUCUCACUAAGUGAACAAUGGAAAAUCAUGAAAACAAUUCCUGAUUGGACAGCUUUAAGAGAAAUAUUAAAAUCACAUUUUGAAGAUGAUAUAACAUUCUUAGAUUUAUUAUUAGAAUUAACACCAUCACAUUUGAUAAACGCCGACAUAUUUGAUAAUUGCGUUUUGAUAAGUAAAUGGAUACAAAAAAUUAAAUUUAAUGAUGUCGAAUAUUUUUUGGGUAGUUUUUAUAGAGAACCUUUUGACACUGAAGAAAUUGAUUUAUUUAAAUUUAAUUAUAAACCAUUGACUUGCAAUGGAUAUGUGUGCUCGUCUUUAAAACCGUGUCAAAAGAGUUAUUGCAAAUAUAAAAAUAAUAAACAAUGGAAUUAUUAUGUAGGUUUAACGUAUAUGGAAAAAAAACUAAGAAAAAUAUAUAUUUUAUUAAGUGUAAAAAUGGUUUAUUCUGUUAAAGAUGUGUUUAUAACAUUUUUUUAUUUAAUAUGGUUUGAUGUAAUGUGGACAUGUUUACGUGAUAUAUCCAAUCGAUUAGAAAUGAUUAGAAGUAAAUUAAACAUGAAAAAUGUACUUAUAUCUUUUACUUAUGAUAGAGUUGAUAAAUAUUUCAAUUUCUCAUUGCAUUGUUUAAAAAAUAUUCAUAUUCGAUAUAUAAGAAAAAGACUUUAUUAUGAUUUAAAUGAUUGUAAUAGUAGAGCGACAGAAAUGUCAAAACAAUAUUUUUUAAAUGAAGACUUAUUUUGGAAAACAUUUUUUACAAAUUAAAUAUUAUAACUAUAAAUUAAUUUUUCC